AUGAACAAGGACGUCAAAGCUUGGGCCCGGUCGUGUCUGAGCUGCCAGCGCAACAAGGGGCAGCGUCACAACAAGUCCUCACCAGGCACUUUCCCCAGUCCCGACGCUCGGUUCAGCCAUGUUCACCUGGAUGUCGUAGGCCCCUUGCCUCCAUCCAAUGGCUUCACCUACCUCCUUACUUGUGUCAAUCGAUAUACCGGCUGGGCUACAGCUAUUCCUUUGCCGAAGACGCAGGCUGAAACCAUCGUGAAGGUCUUUGUCAGUCGUUGGGUCGCCAAGUUCGGUGCCUCAUCCACGGUUACGACUGAUCGUGGUGCCCAGUUUGAGUUGCCAUUCUUCCAAACGCUACUCAAUUUCCUUGGAUGCACACACAUUCGGACGACAGCCUACCAGUCAGCUGCCAACGGUAGGGUUGAGCGUUUCCAUCGUCAGCUAAACACCGCCCUUCGUGCCGUAGACGACCCAGGAAACUGGUCGGGCAACCUUCCUCUUGCACUCCUCGGCAUACGCGCAGCUCUAAAGUCGGAUCUGGGCUAUAGCGCAGCUGAAUUGGGUUUCGGCACUAUCCUUCGAUUGUUAGGCGAGAUGAUCACCCAAACCUCCCGUGGGACCGACGAGACUCCUGACAACCUUGUGCACCGUUUGCGGCAAUUUAUGCGCUCGCUUUCCCCGGUUCCACCUGAAGCUCCAAUGACUGGAUCUUAUGCCGAAAAUACUUGGACAAGUGUACUCAUGCGUUCGUCCUGUGUGACCCUGUGCUCCAGCCGCUGGAAUCACCAUUCGAAGGACCGUUCCGCGUGCUCGCACGCAACGCCAAGAUCUGUCGAAUUCUUCGCGGUGACAAGGAGGACGUAG